AUUGUCCGCAUGUUGUCAUAAUAUAUAGGCUGCUUAUACAUUGUUGUUUGAGAAGCGAAUUUAAUUUUCGCUACAAGUGUACGAAUAUCAAAUAGAACGAAGAAAAGGAACAAGUGACAGCUCACCGAAAGAAACCCAGGACACAGCACACACGUGCGUCGCUUUUGUGCAUCGAACCUUUGACACCGCGCGAAGAAAAAUGGCAGUCGGCGGCGGCGGUUUUCCCGGCGCGUCCCUCCUCACGCAGUUGUUUCGCCAGCUGACGAAGCCGCUGUCCAAGCGACUGGUCGAGUACGCCUCGCAGAGGCCGGUCUUUCGGCGCUACUUCCUGCUGGCGCCGGGCCGGCUCUAUCAUCGCCUCGAGUGGAGCGCCCGGCUGCUCAUGUCGCCCAAAGACGUCGCCAAGCAGAUCGUCGCUUUCAAGCUGCCACCCAUCAAGGAAGAGGACGCGAUCGAGCUCGGUUCCCAGAUCAUGAUAGAGGUGGUCAUAUUUCUGCUACUGGUGCUGCUGAUGGUGUUGGACUACGUGCGCUCGCAAAUCAAGUCGGCGCGCAAGGAGCAGGCCAUACAGGCCGAGAUCGACGAGCUGGAGGAGCGCAAGGCAUCGAUCAUGCGGAAGGUCGAGGAGCAGCUCGCCAAGCAGAAGGAGCUGCGCGACGAACUCGCGGCGCUGGAGCGCGAGCGAUCGUUCUAUCAUCACAUUGACGAAAGGAUGGAGGCUGCUAUCGCGAAUUUGGAUAACCUGUCCGACGGCGGCGGCAGCGGCGCUCGCCUUGACUCGUCCGAUGAUUCUACUCGGUGGCCGAGUGGCGGACGAGAAGAUGAGCGAAAUUUGUAAAUAAUCGUGCUUACGAUUUUGUCGGACAAGAUUUACUUGAUCUCCUCGAGAAUUACGCACUGCAUUAAACAAUUUUUUAUCUCUCAUCGAUCUUUUAUUC